AUGGAAUCCAACGUUAGCUCUCUCCUUGAGAUUGCGCCACUGAGUGAAAUCCAGACACUGAUCUGUCAUUUCGCCGAGUUCAAUCACCUCUACUAUCCCGUGGUCGAUUUACCUGAGAUGAUGGCUUUUCUUCGCAACCUACGGCACCACGACAGCAUUCCCGUCGGCUCCGCGGCCCUGAUUGCCGCCAUGUGCUACCAAGCAGCCUCCUCUCUGAGCUGCUCGAGCGAACAGGAUCCGAGGUCAGGGCCUUGGAGUAUUCAGUCAUCGGCUUGGAAAGCCCUGUCACACCAGCUCUUGUUUGCUUCGAGAUAUCCACUUCGACCGAACCUGAACACUGUCCGAGCUGCGAUUCUCCUGGCCGUCUCCAGCAUAGCCGAAUGGGCUCCGGAUCCGGACCCGACUCCGAUUGCGGUGCUCGUGCGUGCCGGUCAGGCUCUUGGGCUACACCGCGACCCCGAAUGGUUCCAAUGUAGCGCUCGAGAGGCCGACUUCCGCCGGCGAAUAUGGUGGUCGAUACAUGGCAUCGAUCUGACGUAUUCCAUGGCUCACGGCGUUCCACCGUUGAUCCACUCGAGGGGGUACGACGUUAAGACUCAAACUGGCCAUGAUCAUGAUCAUGACGGUGACUGUAAAUCCCUAUCCGGAUCCGAAUUUGAAGCCCUCGAAGCGAGGAAGCCGGGCAACACUAUCGACCUCCACCUGAUGUGGUCCCGGAUCGUCGAGACCAUUUACAGCACCCAGAAGCCAACCAAGGAGAUAUUUGAGAAGCUUGAGGCCGAAAUGACCGAGUGCUGUGCCGCAAUACUGGACAAGUCUGACUCUCGCCGCCCGCUCCGUGAGCCAAGUCCACGUGACGAAUUCAUCGCGGCGUGCGAGAGGAUGUGCUGUCAUCGAAGCGUCUUGAUUCUGCAUCAACCGUAUCUGCGAUCUCGACUCUGGCCACAGACUUCCCGGGCCAAGACACUGGAGGCCUGCAAAGGCUACAUCAGGGAGUACACGGCCACUCUUACCAAGCCGACCCUGAGCGCCUAUCGAUGGAUCCUGCGUCAUUACAGCGUUUUCCACAUGUGUGCCAUCAUCCUACAGGACCUCUUUCAAACCCCUCACAGCAACGAAUCUGCCGAACUUUUAGAGUUGAUAGAGCGCACCUUUGCCCAGUUCUCCACAUAUCCAGACACAGACCCGAAAUGGAAGAAGCUCGAGGCUUUGCGGGUGAAGGCGUGGGUCGCCAACGGAUGGGUGCCUGCGGCUGAGAAUAAGAAGCCCGACAACGUGGAUGCGGGCGGAGGGGGCUUGGAUUUGGCGUUGGGUUUGGAUUUGGGUUUGGAUUCAAAUGCCAGUCUGCUAGAGCCGGAGUGGGAGUGGGAUUGGGACCCUCUGCUUGCCUCGUUCGUCUGGGACGACUCUAGCAAACAAGCAGCAUAG